CAGAGAUAAUCAGAGCAGGAUGAGCUCUGAGUCAGCCUACAGCUGACUCUACAAAGCACCCCAUAACCAUACGAACUGGGACACGAGAAAGGAGGCACAUGGAGCAGAAAGCAGAAUGCUGUCCCACCAGGACAUGGAUGAGAGCAAAAAUUUCUCUUUCCCUUUGGCUUUUAACAUGCGCAGCUGUUUCUGACGCUCUUCCCACCUACCCAGAGAAAGCCAGCGAAGAAGAUGCAAAGCUUGUACAGAACUAUUUGAAUAAAUUCUAUGCCAUUGAGCCAGAUCCAAAUCAACGAGGAAUGGAAAUAAAUGGAAAAUGGAAAAUAAAUGCUGAAUCUACAGACGAAAAGCUUCAGAAAAUGCAACAAUUUUUUGGUUUGAAAGUGACUGGAAAACYAGAUAAUGAGACAUUGGAAAUGAUGAAGAAACCCAGGUGUGGAGUUCCUGAUGUGGGUCUCUAUGGCUUCACCCUGCCCGGAUGGAAAAAAACCAAAUUGACAUACAGGAUUGUGAACUACACACCAGAUAUGAGCAAAGAGGAUGUGGAUAAAGCAAUCGAGAAGGCGUUUAAAGUGUGGAGUGCUGUCACCCCACUGGUUUUCACUCGCAUACGUAAGGGAAYAGCGGAUAUAAUGAUUGCUUUUGGGACCACAGCUCAUGGACAUUGCCCUCGCUAUUUUGAUGGCCCCCUUGGAGUCCUUGCUCAUGCCUUUCCACCUGGCAAUGGGUUGGGUGGSGACGUACACUUUGAUGAGGAUGAAGACUGGACCACAGGCUCAGCUGGGUUCAACUUGUUCCUUGUUGCUGCUCAUGAGUUUGGYCAUGCCCUGGGUCUCUCCCACUCUAAUGAUCAGAGGGCUCUCAUGUUCCCCAGUUAYGCCUACGUCAGCCUCAGUGAAUUUCCCCUCUCUCCAGAUGAUAUAAGUGGCAUUCAGUCCAUUUAUGGAUCCCCACCAAAUGUCCCAGAUAAAAGGCCAACCACUCCUACCUCACCUAAAACCUGUGGCUCCCAGAUGUCUUUUGAUGCCAUAACUACACUCCGACGAGAAGUCAUUUUUCUAAAGGGCAGGAACUUGUGGAGGGUCUAUCCUGAUAACUCAGAAUCUGAACGUGAAUUGAUUUCUGCCUUCUGGCCAAAUCUCCCUCCUGGGAUUGAAGCUGCAUAUGAGAACACAAAAGAUCAGAUCCUAUUUUUCAAAGGCAACAAAUUCUGGGUUAUCAGUGGAUAUCAGGUAUUGGUUGGUUAUCCAAAGAAUAUCAACACAUUGGGCUUCCCUAAAAGUGUCAAGAAAGUUGAUGCAGCUGUUUGCAAUAAAAAUACAAGGAAGACAGACUUUUUCAUAGGUGACAAGUACUGGAGGUUUGAUGAAAACAGCCAGUCCAUGGAGAAGGGUUAUCCUAGACUGACAGUCAAUGAAUUUCCAGGAAUAAGCCACAAGGUUGAUGCUGUUUUUCAGCAGAAAGGUUUAUUCUACUUCUUCCAUGAAUCAAAACAGUGGGAGUUUGACCCUAUUGCUAAAAAAGUUACCAAAGAAAUGGAGAGYAACAGCUGGUUUAACUGUUAAUAUCAUUAAAUUUCCUUACAUGUAGCAGAAGACAACAAAUACCAUUCUGGAGAUCUCAGAAACUGUUUGUAUGUACACUGCUAUACAGAAGAGGCAACAAAACUAGUUUGCAUAAAUGCUUUUCGUGUUUUAAUAAAUUAACAUGUCGACUCAAUUUUUAUCUCCAAAGACUAGAAUAAAACAGCAUUUUUCCCCUUCGUGGAAAAUGUACAAAAUAAUUUAUUACUUUAUACUCCAGAUGGUUUGAGGGUUUUUUUAUAUUAUGGCAAUAAACAGUUUUAAG